AUUAGCCUCUUAUUCUUUUCCUUCUUUCUGAUAGAGCACAUCAACUUAAAUUUAAUCACUCGUAACACAUAGAUUAGUAUCGCAAUGUCUGCAGCACUCCCAGUCACCCUCCACGACGUUCUCUCUCAAGCCACUGAGCGGUACCCUUCGCACGAGCUCGGAUUCAUCACAUCUUCCGCUCAUGACUCUUCCAUUCGAGCGACGACAUUCAGCUCCUUCAACCAAUAUGUGCGCAACCUGGCCCGCGCCAUGCUCGAUUGGGAAAAGCCCGCUGGCUCAGUUAUCGUUGUCUACCUGACUGAGCACGAGGACAACAUGGCUGCAGUUUGGGCUUGUCUCCUUGCAGGCUACGUCCCGUGCUUACAACCUGCCCUUAGUGCCCAGCAGGCUCACAAGGAGGGCCAUGUCGCUCAUAUCAAAAAUCUAUUUUCGUCUGCUAUCUGGCUCACUAAUGAGUCCGGUACUGACCAGGUGAAUUCCAUCACCGGUUUGGAGAUUUACCUUCUUUCGGAGCUCAAGACGUCAGCUUCGAAAUACCACGUUCCUACCGACUGGGUCGCCCGUACCGCCCAACCAGAUGACGAGGCAAUACUAUUUCUGACCUCCGGCUCAACUGGCUUCUCCAAAGCAGUUGUUCACAGCCAUCGCACUAUUUUGGCCGCUUGCUCCGCUAAAGGAGAGGCUUAUGGUUUGACUCCGAAUACCAACGUACUUAACUGGGUUGGAUUCGACCAUGUCGCGGGUUCCUUGGAAAUGCACAUUACCCCUUUGAUGUUUGGCGCCUCUCAAAUUCACGUCCAUGCAUCUGCUAUUCUCUCCGACCCACUUCGUUUCCUCCGUUUGAUCGACGAGAAGUCCAUCAACGUUUCCUUCAGCCCCAACUUCUUGCUCGCGAAACUCACUCGGGAUUUGGAGAAGAGGUCCGAUCUCAUCGGAGCCUUCGACCUUUCUUCCAUCAAGCGCAUCAACAGCGGAGGGGAGGCUGUCAUUUCCAAGACUGCUCAAUCAUUUGUCGCUGUCCUUAAGAAGCUUGCGAAAGACCCUGCUAAGGUUUCUUUCGUUAUUUCACCAGGAUUUGGUAUGACUGAGACUUGCGCUGGGUGUAUCUAUGAGCCGGUGAAUCUCAGCACCACAGAGCCAAAACAUGAAUUCCUCGACUUGGGCCGCCCCGUACGGGGUUGCGAGAUGCGUAUCGUCGACCCUGAAGACGGCAAGACGGUCCGUAGGGAUGGAGAGAGUGGUGAAUUGCAGGUCCGCGGUCCUAUGGUUUUCCUUCGUUACUACAACAACGAGGAGGCCACUUCCUCCAGCUUUGUCGAGGGUGGUUGGUACCGCACCGGUGAUGUCGGCAUUAUUGAAGACGGUGUUAUGCGUCUCAGUGGCCGCAUCAAAGACACUGUUAUCGUCCAUGGCGUGUCAUAUGGUAUUCCCGAGCUUGAGACGCACCUCCAGACUGUCGAGGGUGUCACGCACUCCUUUCUUGCUGCUGCUCCCUACCGUGCACUCGGGCAGGAGACCGAAGGGUUCAUUAUCUUCUACUCUCCUACUUUCGAUCUUAACGGAGAAGACGCUUCCACGAAACUUUUCGCCACGCACCGCGCCCUCCGCGACAUCUCUGUGAAGAUGAUCACCCUCCCUCCUCAGUUCAUCAUCCCCAUUCCCCUCAACCAGAUGGAGAAGACUACACUGGGAAAGCUUUCGAGAGCCCGCCUUGUUGGCCUCUUCAAACAGGGUGAACUUGCCAAGCACAUAGCUCGCGCUGAGGAGCUUCUGAGCGAGGCUCGUGGCGCUUCAUUUGUCACCCCUUCCACAGAGAGCGAGAAAGUUCUUGCCAAGAUUUAUGCUGGGAUCUUCAACCUCAGCGAGAACGAAAUGUCUGCAAGUGACAACUUCUUCGAGCUCGGCGGCACUUCAAUCGAUGUUAUCAGACUCAAGCGCGAGGGUGAAGCGCACUUCGAUUUGCCUGAGAUACCUACUAUCCAAAUCCUCAAACACCCUGUCAUUUCCAGCCUGGCGAAUUACAUCAACGCUCUCAUCUCAAAGGACAGUACCGCCGAGGAGUAUGACCCCAUUGUUCCCUUGCAGCUCACUGGUGACAAGACACCUAUCUUCUUCGUUCACCCUGGUGUCGGUGAGGUUCUCAUAUUCGUCAACCUCGCCAAGUACUUCCAGAACGAGCGUCCCUUCUAUGCUCUUCGUGCUCGCGGUUUCGAGCCAGGUCACCCCUUCUUUACUUCCAUGGACGAAAUGGUGUCUACCUACGCUGCUGCAGUAAAGAGGACUCAACCCACCGGUCCUUACGCCAUCUCUGGUUACAGUUACGGUGGUGUCGUCGCUUUUGAGGUCGCUAAGCGUCUCGAGGCCAUGGGUGAUGAAGUCAAAUUCGUCGGUCUCAUCAACAUCCCCCCUCACAUCGCCGAUCGUAUGCACGAGAUCGAUUGGACUGGUGGCAUGCUCAACCUAUCGUAUUUCCUUGGUCUUGUGACAAAGCAAGACGCUAAUGACCUCGCACCCACUUUGAGACCUCUCUCGCGAAAGGAGCAACUGGCGGUCGUCUGGAAACUAUCGCCUCCCGACCGUCUUAUCGAGCUUCAGCUCACGCAAGAGAAGCUUGACCACUGGGUGGACAUUGCUGGUUCCCUAAUCGAAUGUGGCAAAGAUUACAACCCGGGAGGCUCGGUCUCCGCUCUUGAUGUCUUCUACGCCAUCCCCCUGCGCGGAAGCAAGGCUGAUUGGCUCAACAAUCAACUCAAGCCUUGGGACGGCUUCAGCCGUGGCCAGGCCUCAUACACUGAUGUCCCUGGGCAACAUUACACUCUCAUGGACUUCGACCACGUUCCCCAAUUCCAGAAGAUCUUCCGCAGCCGUCUCGAAGCUCGUGGUCUAUAAGACUGCGUGCGGAUGGCACGGUCAAAAGCUUGAUACGGACUGAUUUUCUGCACGCAUGCUUUAUGUAUAUUACUACCUUGCUCUGACAUCGUAUUCUUGUAGUGUCGUCUGUAAAAAAUGCUUUAGUAAUGGAUC